GUGACGCGUGUCGGGCGAAAAGCGCUCCUGCGUCCGCUUCUCUCGUCUGUCCGCUUAUCCGCUCCCGGUGGCGAUGUCUCCGUGAGAAAAAAAAAAAAAAAGUUGUGUUAAAUGUUUGAAAUACAACACGCACGCCGAGAAGGGGACUCCGCUCCUUGUGUGCGCGGCACCGGCCGGCGUGUGUGCGCGACAGACUCCGCCGAGCAGGGCCAAAGUAGUCCAGGACGCAGAGAAAGUCUUCUUUUAGAAGCAAAACAAAAACCCCAGCAAAAAGCAAAGUAAUUCAAGCUGGCUCACGUUGUCGCCACCCAGCCCGGCGUGACAGCUGCUCCUCAGGCCGCGUGGAGGACUGUGAGCAGCAGCAAGAGGAUGGCAUCAGAGCUGGCAAUGAGCAACUCCGACCUGCCCACCAGUCCCCUGGCCAUGGAAUAUGUUAAUGACUUCGAUCUGAUGAAGUUUGAAGUGAAAAAGGAGCCGCUGGAGCCCGAUCGCAACAUCAGCCAGUGCAGCCGCCUCAUCGCCGGGGGAUCCUUGUCUUCCACGCCGAUGAGCACGCCCUGCAGCUCGGUGCCCCCGUCCCCGAGCUUCUCGGCGCCCAGCCCGGGCUCGGGGAGCGAGCAGAAGACGCACAUAGAGGACUUCUACUGGAUGUCCGGUUACCAACAGCAGCUCAAUCCAGAGGCGCUGGGCUUCAGCCCGGAGGACGCGGUCGAGGCGCUGAUUAACAGCAGCCACCAGCUCCAGUCGUUCGAUGGCUACGCCAGGGGGCAACAGUUCGGGGGCGCAGCCGGCGCGGGAGGCGCCAUGGCCGGGGAGGAGAUGGGCUCCGCCGCGGCGGUGGUGUCGGCGGUCAUCGCCGCCGCCGCCGCUCAGAACGGCGCUCAGCACCACCACCACCAUCACCACCACCACAGCGGGGCGAGCGCGGGCGGCGGCCACCACCACCACCACCACCCGUCGCCGGGCGUCCAGUCCAACGGCGCGUCUGGCACCAACCACCCGCACAUGCGCCUGGACGACCGCUUCUCCGACGAGCAGCUGGUCACCAUGUCCGUGCGGGAGCUCAACCGGCAGCUGCGCGGGGUCAGCAAGGAAGAAGUGAUCCGGCUCAAGCAGAAGCGGAGGACCCUCAAGAACCGGGGCUACGCGCAGUCGUGCCGCUACAAGCGCGUCCAGCAGCGGCACGUCCUGGAGGGCGAGAAGACGCAACUGGUGCAGCAGGUGGAGCACCUCAAGCAGGAGAUCUCCAGGCUGGUCCGGGAGAGGGACGCGUACAAAGAAAAGUAUGAGAAGCUCGUCGGCAACGGCUUCAGAGAAAGUGGCUCCAGCAGUGACAACAACCCUUCGUCCCCGGAGUUUUUCAUGUCAUCCAGAAAAUUCCUCCAUCUGUGAUUUCAAGCCCCAUUCCUCCGUGCCCUUGGCUUCCAGAGACAACUCCACAACUGAGCAGUGAGGACAUCAGAGCGGCUGAUCAAUCACGUGAAGACACCCACAAAGCACAACAUUCAAAAAUUGUCUUCACCGGGGAACAAAAGACAGGACCUGCUGAAAUCCCUCAAAAUGGCAACUUCUGUCCCCUUCCCUGAUAUUUUAACUUCAGCUUUUUUCUACGAAACAAAAAAGGGGGAAAAAAGACUCAACAUGAGAGACAGUGAAAUCGAGAGGACAACUUUCUCGUCAGCAGGAACUGCACUGAUGCAUGCUUCUGUAAAUAAUUCAUAAUAAAACCCAUACUCUAAAACCGGGACACAUACCAAGUCGUUUUCACCAUACCAUAAACUUUCACGACUGUGGGUAGUCCUCAUGGCCCACCAUUUUCCACAUGAAGCCACUACUCUAUUCAGACACCAUGUAAUUAUCAUUUCCAGUAUCAUUUCUCUUCAGCUUAUUGUGACUGUAAACAAGCUAAAGUGCUUCCAAUUAUCACUGGCUUGUUCUCCGAACACCAAUAUCUACUUCAGCAUAUGUAAAUAGAGAUGGAUGACAGCAUGAAAACACCAUAAUGUGUAUCAUUGCAGCUCCAGAGUAUCAUAGCUUUCAACUUCCAUAUGUGUAAUUUUAAACAUCCUUUCUAUGAUAACGUAUUUUCUAAUAGUUACAUGAAAAGUGUUUUCUAUACUGCAUCGAGAUCUUACUGCGUAGGUACAUCUAUUUGUAGACAAGCUUACAGCUAUUACAAGGCAACACACAAUUUCUAGCUGUGAAAAAAGAAAGUCAUACCUAAAAGGAAACGUUGGUGAAUCAGUGGGUUGAACUUAACUUGAAAAAAAGUUAUAUAAAUAUUUAUAUUGAUACCAUUCAUAUGUUUUCUUUCGUUCAGUAGCCUACUGUAUGUAUUAUUUACUAUAGCUGCCACGGCUGCCAACCCAGAUGGAGGAACUGUGGCUUUGCAUGGUUGCAUAAGGUGCUUUCAUUCCAGCCUAAUACUCUGGGAGAAAGAACACCUCCACCAUAGAUUGUAGAUAUGAGGACACCGCAACCUCUGUCUUCAGUGGACCAUUAAGAUCAAAUGGACAGAUAAGAUGCCAUACCAGUGCACGGACAACCUCAACUGGGACACAGGCAACCUUUACAUGGUCAACAGGGAACUGAACACCUCACCUCUACCGUACAUCCCCUACCUCUUACUUUGUGGUGACUUCUCUACAAUCCCGUCAGUCAAGUCAGUCCACUCUCCCCCGCUGCAUGCCAAAGUGUUGGAUGCAACAGACAGAUGUUACGCAGGGGGAAAGUAAAAUAAUAUUUCAGUUACGGUAGAUGCUCAGUGACAUAAACAGUCAAGGCUCACAGGUUCACAACCAAAAUACAGCAUUGCUCACAUAUGCCACUGUAAAUACUGUAUGUACAAUAUGUCAACUACGUAUAGCUCGGGAUGCUGUACUCUGCAUGUUGUGUUCUAGAAGGAUAGGCAUCACCAGUUCUCCCCUCAAGUAGCUCAUGUAGUUUUACUUCACAUAUCCUUACAUUCAGCCAAGUAGGCAGCAGUGUGGUGCCAAUAGGUCUUAAACUCUUUGAAGGGACACGUAACCACACUUUUGAUGUGGGACAGAAACUGGCCACAGUGAGCGUGGGUGGGGGUGAAGAGAAAAAGUGUGGGGAACUGGGGCACGCCAAUUAAAUGGCAGUCACAAAGUGGCAAAGCGCAUCCUGCCAGAAGCUGUCCAUUCAUCUAACGUCAAAGGGUUUUGUACAUCUCGAUGAGUCGACAUACUGCCGGUGAAGUCCAAAACCGGAGCUGAAGAGAGCAAGAGUUUUAAAAAAGAAGGGGGUGUCAAGUCUAUGCUCUGUCUAACCUUAAAAGGUAACCCGUUUUUUCUGGAGGACCACAUCAUAGAGUUUAAAAAAAAAAAACUUGACCUGAACAUUUUGGGCUGUCAUGACCUCGUGUCCUACUUCACGUUUACUACAAACGUUGUAUGUGCUAAUGAGCACGAGUGUCAGCUCACCCAAAUGCUCGGCCCUGAUGUUACUCAUCUGCUCCCUGUUCUACCUUUCAUUUAAGAAAAUGCAUUUAACAAAAAAAAAUCCAUGCGUACAAUCAGUCACUUUGUUGCAACUGUUGAUAAUUUGACAGGAUGCAUGCUAUUUUCUAGCAAUGACCCGGCCCAGGAUCACAGUGUAUGUUAUACACAGGGAGAAAACCAUCAAGAUAUACACCCUUUUACAGCCUGUGUUAUAAAACAUUUGCGUGCAUUUACGGUAUGUCUUGGAAGUGAAGUACUAUUUAAGCACUAGUCCCAUUUACUCACACAGAUUCAGUAGAGGAGGUGUAGGUUCAAAACUAAAUUCAGAAAGGUUGGUAUGUUUUGAGAUGUAUGAAUUCUGACAUACUCACUGUAUUUUCAGAGCUACAGGUAACACUAAUGGUUGUAAGCCAUCAAACAUACGGAGAAAACUGAGGAUGUAAUAUAACACGCUUGCAUUUGCAGUGCUCUUUUCAUGUCGAUUAGGUUAUCUAUUCACUCGUUGGUCUCAUUAUGAUCCUUGGUUUAAGAUGUAGAUAAAUAUCUAAAGUGACUGAUAAGUAGUCUUCGCUGUAACAUAACAGUCAAAAUGGGUUAUAAAAGUGUAAAAAUAAAUAAUAUCAUUACUGUAUGAAUACUCACCCUGCCGUGCAGGUACAGCCAGCUGUGAGGACAUAGUUCCAAGUUGUUUUUUUUACGAUGAUCCAGGCCUCGUACAUAUCCAUCUUGCGUCCUUGUCUUUGGCUGAGCCAGUGUUAUAGUUAUACUAUGACUCGGGAUGGAAAUCAAAAACCAAUUCUUAACAAGAACCGGUUCCCAGUGUAUCAACUCCUUUGAAUCGCUUGACAUUUUGUCAAAUUGUGUAAUUUCCACAUUAUUUAUUUUGUUAAAUUCUACAGAAGAAUAUUUAUUAAUUAUUUCAUUUGUUUUCAAAUGUAUAUACAGUAAAACGUACCUUUUUUCUUCUAUGCUACAGAUGUGACCUCUCUGUAGGCCAUCUAAAGUCAAGUUACCUUGAAACUAAACUAAUUCACCUGUUGUUCUUUUUUUUCCGAAUAAGAAUCAAUAAGACAACCCUUAAGGAACCAAAACGCAGAAUCGAAAGUGGAAUCGGAACAGGAAAAAUCUUAUCAUUAUAACUAUGACAAUGACUUGAAUGCAACUACUCUCUUGUGUGUUCGCUAGGCUUAUCCACCAAAUACUGUAUGUGUAUAUAUUUUGCCACUUAGAUCUUCUGUCCCUUCGGUGAUACAACACAAUGAUUCGGAUUGUCGGAUGUCGAUUACCUUUCACGGAAGUUAAUUUAUAAAAGUAACUUUUUAGAUUUUCUGUUGAUAAUCCACUUGCAUAUUUUGAAAGAACUCAAACUUUGUCGUACCUUUGGGACCUAAAUGCACGUGCAUGUACACCAACUUGAUGACUUUUUGCUACCAGUAAUAGGAUAUAUAGAAUAUGCACACAAAAUAUUCAUUUUCCUCUGUCAGACACGCACAUAAACACAGUAGUCUAAAGAGAAAGACAGUAUGUAAACAUGUUGUCUACAUAAUAGGAUUGUUCAAUGGGUAAACAAUAGGCAGUUUCCCUAAUCACAGGUCAAAUGUAUAUUACUCACUUGGCCAUGUUGUAAAUAUAUUAAGAUGAUGAAUAUGUGGAAAGGAGGGUGGGGAGCAUUGACAUGAAUGGUAGGGAGCUCAACUGUUUGAAUGCAGUUAUCAUAUAUUGUAUACGGACAAUACAUCUCCUAUGCCUCAUUCCUUUCCUUGCAAAUGUGUUGUGCAGCACAUAAGUGUCAGUAAGGGGAUAGACCGCAGUGCACUUUCAGCUGAUUAACUUCUAGGCCUUUAUUUGAUUACCUUCUUGACAGUGAUCCUAACUAAGAAGUGCACGUCCAUCUGAUUGGACACCCAAUUAGUGUCAAAUUAGGGGUAAAAAAGUGUUCCGCCAAACUUAUUUGGGUUGGUGAUGCUGCUAGAAAUUGCAGUGUAACUGAAAAGUGCUUGGCAUCACAUGCCUGGUGGGGUGUCACGUUUAUUAGUGACCUCAAGCCAGACAUGUUUGGAGUGGAGGGGGUGGGGUCAAAGGUGAAAGGAUUACAGUGUAAAAACCCAUGGCAAAUGCUGUGCUCUAAUCCUUCGCCCCCGGCAUACACACAAAUCACACACAUGCAGGCAUUGAAAUGCACAAACUCAAUGGACAACUCUUAAAAGUGGUCACUUUGUUUCGGUUUUGGAAAUGGACACAGGGACAGUAGCAAAGGCUUGGUCUAGUCACUAGGAAACAGACUUUACGCUAUACAACUAAUGACGGCAAGGAAUUCUAGAGCCUUUAAAGCCCAUCCUCCCUCUUUAUUCUGAACAACUGCAAAUAAGCAUGUGCUUUGUGUGAGCAGUUAGGCAUCAAGCCCCCUUGCUGAGAGAGGAGAUCGCCCAAGAAGAUUUAAGAAGGAAUAUAGAAAAUCGGAUUAACCAAAAAGCUCUAAGCAGACAUGAGAGUAAUAGCACUGAUAAAUGCUGUACAACAAAUCUUCGGCAUCUGAUUAGGUAAUGGGGGAAAACAGACAAUUUAAACUUGUAUUUGUCAUCCCCUACGUAAGAGAGUCUUGUAGAAUUAGACCGCAAACAUAUGGACUUUGGUCAAAGCUGGAAAGAAAGGGGUUUAUGAAUAUGUACAAUGCAACUUUUAAAAUAAAUAAAAUGAUAAAGAAAUAGCCAGCAGGUUUAGACAGGUGGUAUUCCACGUGCUACAUUGAGCUGUACAGUCAGCUUUCUGACAGCAUGAUUUAAUGCCCUAAUUGCAUGCACAAUUGGUGACACUAAUGUUCUGAAUUUAAAAAACAAAAUACAUCUAAUGGACUUUCUGGCGGAGGACACAAGCGUAUUUGGACCCUGCAAGGAUUGCUUUCUCCUCUUUAGGUGGGAGUAGCAAAGGAUGUUAGAACUGCUGGCUGGACAUCAGGCUUCACAAUGUUAACACAAGUGGCUUAAGAGGAUAUGCUAGGAUACAUGCUAUUCCCCCUGCUGUGAACAAGGCGUAAUCCUUCAGUUUAAGAGUGAAAAGUUAGGAGCAUCCACAGAGUUAUGCAUAUAUCCCCUUCAUCCUCUCCCAUAUAGCAGAAAGUGUAAGCCAGCAAGCGAUAACCAUAUGCUAUCAAAGUCUUCCCCUCAAGUGUACAACUCUCCCGUCCAAAGGCAAAAACCUAGUAACUCACUUCUAGCUGAUUUUGAGAAAACAAAGGAAAACCAAUCUAUCUUGAUGCUGUCUUACAAAGAUUAAAAAGUCAUCAAACGUAUAGAUGUUUUCUUGAGCUUUCAUUUUCUUGCCGAUUGAGCCAUGGAUUGAAUCUGCUCUCAUGAACGUGUGCCCUUUCUCCAGAUAUUUUAUCACAAUCUCGGGGGGCCCCGUUCUGCGUUUGCACAUUGGGCAAGAGCCGUGUACAGCGUCCAGUUUUAACUUUGACCUCCACAGUUAUCUGCCCAAAAGAGUAUGCAAGGGGAAGAAUCAAGAACAAUACAUUUAAUGAAGGUGCUUGCAACGUCCUGGGCCAAUCUUCCAAAUAUCCCCUCGUGCCAUAAUAUCACAUAAUCAGGUUGACCGUCGGCCCCCAUUCGUGCAAAUGUCUCAUUAAAGACAAUAAGGUGACUGACAAAGAAGCUCCGAUUGGUCCCUUGAGAUACUAGGUUCUUCUGUUGUAUCUACGCGGUUAUGUGGUAGUUGCUAGGUCCUGCCAUGCGCGUAACAGCUUGCUUACGGAACAAAUUACAAUAUCGCAUACACUAAUGUAAAGCAUAUCACCUAGGAACUCCAAAAUUAUUAUUAGCUCAGUUUUGACCAAAAUUGAGUUACUGGGUUUUGCCUUUGGACGGGAAACUCCAGCCUGCUUAAUCACCAUAUCGUUAAAUGGACAAGACAAAAUGUAUUAUGGCGUUAAUAACGUUAAAGAAAUAUAACCAUACGCGUACAUACAUAGGAUAACAACACAUUUUACUUGGCUUUGUUCCUGCAACCCGUCCAUCCAUCAAUUUUCUACCGCUUAUUCCCUUUUGGGGUCGCGGGGUGCGCUGGCGCCUAUCUCAGCUACAAUCGAGCGGAAGGCGGGGUACACCCUGGACAAGUCGCCACCUCAUCGCAGGGCCAACACAGAUAGACAGACAACAUGCACACUCACAUUCACACACUAGGGCCAAUUUAGUGUUGCCAAUCAACCUAUCCCCAGGUGCAUGUUCCUGCAACCAGGGGAGAUAUUUCCAUCAAUGCUAGUAAGCAAAAUCAUGCAAACAACUACCCAACACAUGCCCCUAAAUAAACAAUGUUCAGAUUAAACUAGCAGAUCCAAAACGUUUGUGUUUGUUCCUUUUAGUUAACCCUAAGGGGACAAAGGCUGACUAUUUUGUCCAUUCUGUAUUUUUUUACUAUAUUUUGGCCAUCAUUUUCUUUGUCUUACUCCAUUAUACAUAAUUUUUCCCUAGGAGGGCUCUUUUCAUGUUAAAUAUAAAAAUGUCAAUGUCCAAUAAUUUCACAGGUGUACGAUACACUGCUAGUUAUUUAACAAUACCCCAAAGCUGAAUAGGACAAACUGUAUAAGCAUUUUGGACUUAUAUUUGCAUUUUUUUGGUUUGUUUUUUCACUCAAAUCUCUCAAUCAACUUCAGCCCCUUACAAAAAUGUCAAACGUGUAAUCUUUUUUCCUCUUUAAUUUAAAAGGGGACAUAUCAUGAUUUUAAUCCAUAGUUAAACCCAUCCUUGUGGUCCGGAUCAGUGGUUCCUAAAAUGUUUUCACCAAGUACUAUUUUAGAAAACACUCGUCUCUCCAAGUACCAUCUUAAUGACCAAUAUUAAAAUACAGUAGUAUUCAUUAAAAACAAAGCAGAGGUUUUAUUUUAACAAGCAUAUUUAAUAUUAAACAUCAACAGCAACUGUGUUUCCAAUGCAGGUUCUCGCAAAAUAAAAGUGAUAUUUCUAAAAUUUCAACAGAGUACAUUUUGGACUUGUAGGUGGUUCCAUUAAAGGGUGUGUUGCGUCAUGAGCUGUAAUUCUCAUCUAUUUAUUGCGACUCCAUGGUUUUGGAGCUGUGAAGACAAAGGCAGCGUGUGAUCGCUCAAAGGCAACGUCCUUACCUUUGGCAGUAGACACGACAAAGGGAUUUUUGGGAGAGAAUUGUGAACAAGGAACUCACGGACAUGUCAUGUCCGGUGUUCAGGUGUGUAAAAAAAGUGUUCAAUUCUUGCUUGUGCAACAGACUUCAAUAUCGAAACGUCUGAAAAACCACCUCAUGCUUUGGUGUAAAUUAUGCUUAAAUUUUGUUCCACAGUCUAUCUAAAAGCUGUUUGAUUCUGGAGGCCUUCUCAGAUUGCAAAUGAAACCACGCCCCACCCACUGAAAGUAUCAUAAUUUAUCUUUUGAAAAUGUCCAACGUUUAAAUAUACAUCUCGCAGUCGUCUAUUAAUUUUUCCAGACAUUUUUGAAAAUAAUCUUCAUAAAUGUUUUAUAGAUUCACAGCAUUAAGUACACCUACGCGCCUGUCAAUCGAUUAAUAAAGUUGCUUUUAGCAGCAUUUAUAGCACUACAUGUUGGUGUUGUUAUGCACAUGCCAAGGUUAUAUGAAACAAAUAUUUUCUCCUGACUUUUUUAUCAUAUUUUGGCUCCUCCUGCUCUGGCUGAGAACUUGACAUGAUGACCAAAUGAGCACGUCCACUCCGCGAUGACUUCACGUCAUAGCCAGAUGCUAAACCCCGCAAGAGAGGCAUCCAAAACUGAUUGUAAGCCUUAUGAUUUGACGCUUUAGCAUUGUUUAACACAUCCAACUCCAUUUAAAGUCAGUAUUCAUAGUCAGAAGAGACAAAAUUAAUUCACCAUCCUUUAGUCGAAAACUAAGUCUAAGAAGGCCUUUUGAUGAAAUGAUGUCAGUUUUCAAUUAGUAUAAAUUUGCAAGAGUUAUUUUACUAACUUAAACUUGUGACUUUAUCUGACCAAAGUAUUUUUAAAAUAAAAAACAUUGCACGAUUGAUGAUACAUGUUUAUUUAUGAAUUAGAGCAAAAUAAGUAAAACUACGGGAUUUUUACUGUUUGGCUUUGAAGAUAAUUAAAAUGGAAUGUCCCCAAAGAGUUAAACUUCCAAACACUUUCUCAAUAUCUCAAUUCCGUGGGUCAGCUCCUAAGUUUGUAUGUAGUGUAAAACUGCUGCUGAUCGACAAUUAAAGAGUUAUGGCUCCUCAUAUCACAUCAAGGAGAGCCCACGUCUCAGGUAGGAGAGGUUAAUUUGAGCAUGGCCCUCAUUUCAAUUGUACUGUUGUAAAGGUGUGUAUUAUUUCCCACAUGGGCCUGAAUGAAGACUUUGAUUAGUCAAAAAAGUAGGCCCUGGGCCGGCUGCGUCCGAGGGGUCGUAAGCGGCGCUAACAGCUUCUAGGGUCUUAUUGCAAUGGCGAUCAGCCCCUUGCCACUUGGCCUCCGUGACCCCCCGUCGGAGAUAAGCUUCAUGGGAAAGCCCAUUAACAUGCUAGUGGAGCCGCUUGCCUCCUUUAUCAGAGGCGGUUAUGUGAAAUCGAGUGUUUAUGGACCCCCAGUGAGGACACAGAGCAGCUGAUUGCCUAUAUGAAAGGCUGGGUGUAAAUGAGCUGGAGGUGGACAAUGGACCUGUACUUGUGGGGAGAACUGAGGAUAUGACGCUGGUGUUUUUUCUUAUUUACCGAGCAAUAUCUUUUUGCAAUACCCCAUGAGGAGGUUACCUAGCCAUGAAUCGCAAACAAGUCUUCCUUUUCUUACUAAGAUAUGCUAAGUCAUCCAAUGUACAUAUGCAUAUAACACUGUACUAUAUUUUCCUGUUAUUGUUGUUUAAAUGACCAUUAUGUUUCACUGAUUUUGUAAAGACCCUUUUCCCAAUGGCUGCCUUUUAUUACUUGCAUUUUUCCCACAGACGCACAAAUACGACAGUGGUGUCAGAAGUGGUACACUUUCUAACAGCCAUUGAGAGACCCUUUCAGUUUGUCUGCAGUGAUGGAUGGUGUCUUCUUACUCAUGAUGAGGCUGUACUGUUUUUACUGGACAGACAGAGGGAGAAAGAUACAGUCUCAGCUUAAUGUCCUGCGCUGGUGCUGUGCAUGCGCUUUCCUAUUUGAUUUUCCAUUCAAGGCACAGUUAACAUCAUAAAUUAACUUUUCCAAGUAUUCCUCGCAGAGAAACUGGCACGUAAUAGAGACAAAUAAGAAAUAAAAAAAAUCUGGUCUGUGUUAUGCAAAGUAGUCAAACACAUAGCUUGCAGUAUUAAGCUAUUCCUUUGUAUCAAUGGAGUUUUCUUAGUCAUGAAAGCAUUCUAUUUUACUGUAUGUGCAUGUACUGUGUACUCAACUGACCAGUAUUAGACUGCUGUGGGAUCACCGACCCAAGAACAACUACUGAAAACAAACUGUGGAGACCGCUUUUAGCCAACGUCUGUAAAUAGGAUGUAAAUACCAAACACCUAUGCAUGUUAUUGUAAAAGCAAUUUGUUCAGGUACUUUUGUAAUCCCAAAUUCUCAUAUAGCAUGGAAGGAAAAAGAUAAAAAAAAAUAACAAUUACACUGCAUAUGGUUUGUAAAAAAUUAAAAGCAGAAGACAUCUAAUUGCUGUUAAUGUUUUCUUACCGAUACCUGAUGCAUCGGUCUGACAAUUACAGUCCUCUCCUUGUAUAAUUCAUCCAUGUUUUUAUGUUUUAUAAGAUUCGACAGAUGCAAGAAAGGACCAUACAAUAAUUUGCUGAACAUUUCAGUGUGGGAAAUAAGAAAUGGCAUAUGCGCACACAGUCAAGGGAUUAAGUUUAAACACGGAAAAUGUUGGGCAGGCCCUUUUGUUAUCUCUAUGGAAGUAACUCUUCACCAGCUGUAAAGUGUGCUGCUGUUUUUGAAAAAGGCCAACAGUUCAAAUGCAAUAUUGAAAAAAUUAAGCUGGAGACAAAAAACAGAAUGUAUUCACAUCAAGAAAAAUGUCCAGAUUUUGAUUUGAAAUCUAAUAUUGUAUCUAAUCCACAUUUGUCUCCACUCUAAAAACUUGGAUGUCACAUUUUAUGAUGAUCACAAUGAGGGACCAGUGGUGAAGAUGUCUGAUUUCAAAAGAGUGUUUAUUUUCCACAAUAUUCAAUCCCAAGGCGCUCAUUGUCGACGGAAGUGUCUAAUUUUUAACCUGUGCUAAAGAUAUUUUAACUUUAAUAAAUAAUUAUUGUAACAAUAUCGUGUGUUGUUCUAGCCUAUCCUUUCAGGUGGUGCAAAUACGAGGGGUGAAAACUGAACAAGACAAAGAGAAAACCAUAUCAGCUCAAAGUGAAUUACAGCCGUUCUUCUCGAAGGAGAAACAAUGUCUGUCUUUUGCACACAUUAUAUUUGAGAUGAAAUACGGAGAAGUCUCAGAUGGAUGACUUUUGACCUCUUCCCACUCUGCUCUUCUGAAAUGUGAAGUCAAGAGGUUACGUCCCAAAUAAA